GAUUCCUCGACGGGUCGACCAUGAUGGCGCGUGUAGCUGGACUUGCUCUUGUACUGUUGUUAUGGGUGACCCAGAGUGCAACACAAGAGCUGCAUCGAACUAGAGUGGUGAACACCACUACUGGACCUGUGCAAGGCAUCAUUAAGUACACACACUGGUACGGCGUCAAGUGUGAAGUCUACUAUGGGAUCCGCUACGCCGAACCACCGGUUGGGAAACGAAGAUUCAAGCCUCCAGUUCCAAUAAAACCAUGGACGUACGUUUUCAACGCUUCCGAGGAGGGCAACGCCUGUCCGCAGAUAGAUUACUUUACCUAUCAGUACACGGGCGAAGAGGACUGCCUGGUUCUGAACGUGUACAUUCCGAUUAACCCAAUUGAUGAUGAUCCUCCCACUUUCACGGAGUUUGGUACAGUGUCGAACCUGAAACCGGUGAUGGUUUGGAUAUACGGCGGAGCGUACAUGGAAGGAGUCAGCACGCGUUCCAUGUUCGGGCCCGAUUUCUUCCUCGAGCAGGGCGUCAUUUUCGUCAGCCUGAAUUAUCGUCUCGGCGUGGCUGGAUUCUUGAAUCUGGGGCACCCCGACGCUUUGGGCAACGCAGGUUUGAAGGACCAGAACCUGGCUCUCCGUUGGGUGCGGGACAAUAUAGCGAACUUCGGCGGUGAUCCGAAUCGAGUGACUAUCUUCGGGGAGAGUGCUGGCAGUGCUUCCGUAGCAUACCACGUUCUGUCUCCGAAAUCGACAGGACUCUUCUCGCAGGCAAUCCUCGAGAGUGGAACACCAUUGUGCCAGUGGGCGUACCACACGCCGAAGAAAGCUUAUCUGAACGCCAAGAAUCUCGCCAGCAAACUCGGUUACAGGGGGAACAGCACUCAAGAAUUGCUGGAUUACCUUCUUCAAGCUGAUAUUCACAGUUUGGUCGUGGAAACGCUGAGAGUCGACGCUGGGGUGUUGCCGUUCCGGCCGUCGAUAGAGGACACGUCCGUCGCGACCGACGGCAGCGAGUUCCUGACCGACUGCCCCGUGAACCUAUAUAAAUCCGGGAAUUUCAAUAAAGUCCCCACCAUAAUGGGUUACAACAAAGACGAAACGCUCUACUUUACAUCCGCUCUGCUUGCCAAUAACUCCCACACGAAGCAAUUAUCCAGCUUUCUAUCGCGAUCGGCGGGUCUUAACGGAUUACCGAACAAGAUACUGUCAUAUUUCGGAGAAGCUGCGUUGGAUUUUACGCCUAACGUCUUCUCGGAGGAGUUCGUAAGGUUCAGUACCGAUAUAUUCUUCGUCGCUCCCAUCGAUUUGACGCAGAGGCUAUUAGCGGACCAGAACGAGGGGAAUCCUAUCUAUUACUAUCGGCUCUCGUACGAGUCGGCGUACACCAUGCAUUCUGAAGAGGGUGAUAGUAUAAAUGGAACGGCGCACGUGGACGACAUCGAUUAUUUGUUCAACGUGGAUAUGUUGCACCAGCCAAGAGAUCCAAACAACCCCUUCAACGUAUUCCGGAGGAAGUUCGUCAGACUAUGGACGAACUUCGCCAAAUACGGAAACCCUACGCCAUUGAUAGGAAUCGGUGACCAGUUCGAUGUGAUUUGGGAAGAGAGCAACCUGUUCGGCGUCCAGCUCGAUAUCAACACAACACCAGUCCUGCUACCGCGUUUGAUCGAUUCAACAGCUAGUAGUUACCAGAGAGGCUUUCUAUCCCGACUUCCGGCCGAGACCGCCUGCACUUCAACGAUGUAAUACAGUACUGGCUGCUGGGAAUAGUGUAAGACUUCAACUGUGUACAAAUCCAUGGCUGCGAAGCUUCAUUCGAAGUUAAAAUUGGAGAUCAUCGAGGUAUCCACAGGAAGAACAUUGUUUGGACUCUUCGAUUCCACUGAUGACGACUAUUUUUUAUAGAAUUUUCUAUGAAACUGGCUACUUUUUGUUAUUGAAGUCUAUGCUGUAUUUAGUACUAGCACUCUAAUGAUAUACUUUAGAUACAUAGAUAAUAGAUGAAUUGUUAGCGAUAAAUGCGAUAUAAUAAACUUGUUUAU